AUCUUUUCUGCUGGAUCUUUGAUCUAAUGUGCCCAUUCUUUCAGAACACUGGGAUGAAAGUGAUCCAAAUACUAUUCCAUAAGUGCAUUUUCAGCUCCGUAGUCCUGCUUGCAGCUAAGUCAUUUGUCCUAUAUUUUAAUGAGCUUGUGCAAUAUUAUUUUAUGUUUGGGUCGUUGUUAAAGCUAUGUUCACAGGAUGGUUCAGUUUGAAAGGGACUUUGACUUCCUUAACGCGGUGAUUUUUGUCACUUGGCAGGGUUAGAAAUGCAGUUGUUUUUUUUAAAUCUCUAAUGUUAUAAGUUAUGAAAAAGGGACUGGAAAAGUGUCUGUAGUGCUCCUUCAGCAGGAUUAUUUUCACUGAAUAUCUUCUUUACAUUAUGUAGAGGUUUGUGAGUGGAACUGUAAGCAGGAUCAUGAGGCUGACUGGACUAUAAACUAGGUGGCUAAGAAAGACGGGAGGGAAAAAAUACCUUGAUGUUAUUUUUUUCAAUCAGAUUGUUUCAUGUUUUAUCUCGCCACUUGGCUAUAUAAAUAUUACCAGUCGUGUUCUGGAAUGGUACUGCACCUUUCAUCUGCACCCGCUGCUGAUGUCAGGUUAAAUUGGCCGUGUAACUGCAGCCUGGAGCGAUCCCUCUGCUGCAAGUUGUGGUGCACUGUAGAGGCACCUGAGCCAGUGGCAAGUGGACUAAUUCAGUUGUUUUGCUUCUCAGCAGUCUACUAUGAGGAAAGGGAGGACAGACUGUGCUCUCUUUUCAUCUCUCUUUUCAUCACAUCACUGGGAGGAGGCAGGUGAUAGCAGAGUGAAAACAGAAGAAACUACCAGCUUAAAUAAUUCACCACUCUACGAGUAUCUGCAGGAUUUGGGACACACUGAUUUUGAAGUAUGUUCAUCUGUGUCACAGAAGGCAAAGCAAUGUGCAGUAGAGGAAGGCCAGAGAGAAAGGACUGUGCACACUGCCCAGAAACAAAGCAUCCUGUCAAAACUAGUUGAGUUCUUCAGAAGUUGGUUUCCCUUUCCACAAUAUAAGAAAAACGAUGACAUACUUCACCGAUUGGAUGUUGGAUUUCGAUUUGACACGCUCCGUACCAUCCUGCAACAGGAAGUUCUGCUGCAGGAGGAUGUGGAACUGAUUGAGUUCCUUGACCCGAGUAUCCUGUCUGCAGGGCAGUGUAAGCAACAGGAAAAUGGACAGCUUCCAACACUACGCUCCCUAGCAACUCCUAAUAUUUGGGAUAUCUCACUCUUGCUUGCCUUUGUAAGUGCCCUGCUUAUGCUUCCUUCAUGGUGGAAGGAGUCAUCGUGGCUACCGUGGGGACUGGUUCUGCUUGUGUAUGCAGUCUUUCGAGUGUGGGCCACAUGGAGGACAGCCAAGCUGCAAAUGUCCCUGCAGAAAUACUGUACCCAGCUGGAAGAAACAGUAGCAAAUAGUCGAGCUUUUACUAAUCUUGUAAGGAAAGCUCUACGGCUCAUUCAAGAGACUGAAGUAAUUUCUAGAGGAUUUACCCUUUUGCUUGACAGGGUCAGUGCCGCUUGCCCACUUAAUAAAGCUGGACAGCAUCCUAGUCAGCAUCUUAUUGGUCUCCGGAAAGCCGUCUAUCGAUCUGUCAGAGCCAACUUCCGAGCUUCAAGACUGGCUACUCUGUACAUGCUGAAAAACUACCCUCUGAACUCUGAGAGCGACAACGUGACCAGCUACAUCUGUGUAGUCCCUUUUAAGGACCUGGGUCUGGGACUGAGCGAAGAACAGGUAUCUGAAGAGGAGGCACACAAUCUCACGGAUGGGUUCAGCUUGCCUGCACUCAAGGUUCUCUUUCAGCUGUGGGUAGGACAGAGUUCAGAAUUCUUCAGGAGACUGGUACUGCUCCUCUCCCCAGCCAAUGCAUCCCCCAAGCCCUUGAUCUCCCCUGAACGGUUGCCUCAUCAUAUCUUGUCUGAUGUGACUCAAGGCCUACCUCAUACACAUGCUGCCUGCUUAGAGGAGCUCAAGAGAAGCUAUGAGUUUUAUCGGUACUUUGAAACUCAGCAUCAGUCAGGUUUUGAACGACCAACCAGAACAAAACAGAAGUCAAGAGAGUUGAACAGCCUUCAAACAGCAGUACGCAGUUUGCAGCUUCAUCUCAAGGCACUGCUGAAUGAGGUAAUAAUUCUUGAGGAUGAACUUGAAAAACUUGUUAGCACUAAGGAGACACCUGAAUUAACAACAGAAGCCCACCAGGUUCUGGAAGAAAAACUAAAGUUUAUUCAGCCUCAUAUGCAGGCAAGCAACAGCUGCUGGGAAGAAGCCAUUUCUCAGGUAGAGAAAAUGAGUGGAAGAAACCCAAAUAAAAAAGGCAAGCUUGAAGCUUCCUGUGAUAACCUACAGCGUACUUCAGUACCUUUAAUACAGCCUACUGUGUACAUAGAAGACAGAGAUCCCAUCCCCGAAGAACAGGAAUUGGAAGCCUAUGUUGAUUAUUCUGACAUGGACAAUGAAUAUAAUAGGGAAACUUUUGACUGCUUUUCCCAGGAAGAGAGAGAGAGACAAAAACGAGAGAGAGAGGAAUCUAAAAGGGUGUUACAAGAAUUGAAAUCUGUACUGGGAUUUAAAGCUUCAGAAGCAGAAAGGCAAAAAUGGAAACAACUCCUAUUCAGUGACCAUGCUGCAGUGAAACCCUUGUCUCCUGUAGAGUCAUUGAAGCUCCUAAAUAAUUUGGAAUCACACAUGAAUUCAAAUACAGAAAAGCAGGACUGCAGCCAAAGUUGUGAUAAAUCUGAAGAAAGCGAUUCUAAUUCGGAAGUGAAUGCUGCUGAUAAAAGCAGGACAGAAUAUUUGUACGAAGAUCCUGAGAUGGAGAGAAACAAAGACAGUCUUACUGAAGAAGGUAUUUCUACAGAGGCUGAAGAGAUAAUGUGCUAUCAGUAUGAAGGGGAAGUUGAAGAUCUCAAGCCAAGCGAUACAGAUAGAGUAGAAGUUUCACAGCCUCCCUCUGUGGAUGCACUGCAUUCAAAAAUAAAGCAUAGGCUGGCUCAGCUUCACGUAUCAACAGAUUUUAACUUCACAUCUGGUCUGGCUGCACAAGCUGCUGCCAGGUCUUUCUCUUUUACUACAAUGCAGGAACAGACUUUUGGAGAUGAUGAUGAUGAGGAUGAAGAGGAGGAGAAGGAGGAAGGGAAGGGGCAAGAACAUGAAGACCUGAUGGAAGAUUUUGAGAAUGAAGGUAGUGGCUCUGAGAGUGAAGGAAAAGUACAAGUCUGAUCUGAACUUUUAAAAACCAACAACAGACAAUUUGGUAGGAAAAAAGGAAAACAAAAAAACUAAUGUGGGGGUUUGAAGUUAAAAAUGCUGAAUGAAAAAAAAAAAAAAUUGGGAGAUCUAAAUGUAAUACGUCUUGUUCCCUGAGUCUGAGACACUAAAUGGGACUUCUGAGUAUGUGGAAAAUUUGCAGGUAAGACAACUUUAAGCUGCAACCACUAAGCAGUUGGCUGUUGCCUUUUUAAGAUCUUAGUGAUGAAUUUUGGAGAUUACCUUCGUGUUUUCUGGUUUAUUUAUUUAUAUCAUGAAGUGCUGUUGUUGUUUUUCUAAAAAGAAUGAAAAACAAUGUAUUGAAUUACAUCAGACUGUCUUCUGCUUUCUGAUUUUGUUAUCUUGGAAUCAAACAUUAGUUCCAAUAAAAAAAAACAGGGCAUUUGUUUUGGAAGAAUCUGAACUGUUCCCUGUGAUCUUCCUCCACCACUGCUCUUGUCCACAGUGAGUUGGCUGAGCCACUGUAGACACUGGUGAAUCUGUGGCUUGUGAUGCUCCUGGCUAAAACAUAGUCUUAAGUAAAAACUUCAAAGGUCUUGUAUUUUAUGUAUCCUGGGGCAUGGGACUGAAAUACAUGAAGUUGGUCGUACUUCAUGUUAAGGUUUAUAUAGAAUUUUAUGAAAGGUUAAUAAAUGAUUCAUAAAUGUUGUAAUUCAUCUUAGAGAAAUGUGUAGUAUGCGUUAGGGAGGAUUUUGAGGUAAUCAAUAUAAGGUACUGUAGAAAAGUAGAAGCAAUUUGUUGGAUUGAUAAUAGGUGAGAAUUAAAUAGCUAUUUAGUAAAAUAGCUAUUAAUCCUUUGUUAACCUUUUAUAAAUUGAGCCUUAAUAUAAUGUUUGAUUUGUAUACUAUUGUUUGUCCAGAAGAAAAAUUAUCUGACAACUUACACAGUAUUUUCCUUAAAUGAUGCAUUUGCUUUUCCCUAAUGUUCUUUCAUUUUUCUCUUAGAUAACAACUGUGUGAUUAAGAUCUGUGAGAGAACAAGAAUUAACUAUUUUCUAAGGCCUAUCUUGUAACUUAGCUGACAUCUAAACAUCACUGUCCAUUUAGAUGUUGUGCUAAGGGAUGUGGUUUAGUGGGGAAGUAUUGGUGGUGGGUGGAUGGUUGGACUUGGAUGAUCUUGGAAGUCUUUUCCAACGUUGGUGAUUCUAUUUGAGAUUAUGUACGUUGUUGUUUUUCUGCAGUGGUGUUAGGAAAAGCAGCAAGCUGAUAUGGCAAUGGUCACUUCACCGAGGAGCCGGUUAAUGGUUUUCCUGCCUUCUCUUCCUUUUGCUCUCAGAUGCAAAAUGAAGUGAAGGACUCGUGUCUCUGAUGGUGUAAACAGCCUCUUAGUGUGGAUGUGGAUAAACUUGCAGUCACACAAUGCCUCAGCAGUUACUUGUUAAUGGUCUCUUAAGGCUUGCUGAUUUUUUAGAAUAGAGGGUGUGGAGAUACAAGUGGUUCAGAGCAGUAUCUUUCCUAGGGUGCUGUCUUGAGGAGUGGGGAAGCUAACAAAGAUCAGCAGGUCAGGAUGGGACUCUUGAUCACAUAUCAAGAAAUGUGCUUUCUUUCAACCACACUCUCCAUUUGCUAGUAAUUUUGUGUGAAUGCUACAAAUAUGUACGUUUUAUCCAUAGUUCCUAUAGAGUUGAAUAUCAAUUUAUAGAGAAGGUUGUAUGUGAUUUCACAAUAUAAUGUCUGUCUUCUCCCUCACAGACAAAAAAGAAUGUUUUGAUGUACUUCACUAACCAGUAACACUGGAUUUUGUACUCCGAAGUAUGUGCGAGUGGAUGGGUGAGUGGAAGUAGGAGUGGGAUUAGGGAAGAUGCUAAUACAUCCAGAAGCUAAGCCUCCUCUAAGUGGCAGGAUAUAUUCUUCUCUAGACCCAUAAAGGUUAGAAUAAGUUGAUGAAAGACUAUUUUAUUUUCUUUGUGGUAAGCAAUCGAGUCUAGAACAACUGUUUUGGUUAAGUGGUGUUUGAAGCAAUGCCCAUGCUUCUGAAAAAUAAGUCUUCCUCAUCCUUGACUUGAGAUCCUUGAUCCUUCACUAAGUGCCCAGAUGUUUUUUGUUCCUAGCUAAUUGUUCUGACUGCCUAACUGUGUGUUCCAUUAAUGCUUUUCCACAAGGUCACCUACCAAUAUCUUACUAUCUGGUACUGUGUAUCCCAAAACUAAUUCUUUUUUCACCUAAACUUAGUUCACAGUGUAGAUGGCUGUGAUACCAACUUGGAGAAA